CUCUCUUAUCAAACCCUUGGCCUCAUCGUUCACAAUUUGAAUCUAAAGAAGGCGUCUUGAUAAACGCCUUCGUUUCACAGCUUUUCGACUUCUCUCUUUCUUUCUUUCUUUCUUUCAUUUGUUGAAUUCAACUUUUUUUAGCGAAAAUGAGAGAGUGCAUCUCGAUUCACAUCGGUCAGGCCGGUAUCCAGGUCGGAAAUGCCUGCUGGGAGCUUUACUGCCUCGAGCAUGGAAUUCAGCCUGAUGGCCAGAUGCCAAGUGACAAGACAGUAGGCGGAGGUGAUGAUGCAUUCAACACCUUUUUCAGCGAAACUGGUGCAGGAAAGCAUGUUCCUCGUGCUGUUUUUGUAGAUCUUGAGCCUACUGUUAUUGAUGAGGUCAGAACUGGAACUUAUCGCCAGCUCUUCCACCCUGAACAGCUCAUCAGCGGCAAAGAAGAUGCUGCCAACAACUUUGCCCGUGGCCAUUAUACCAUUGGCAAGGAGAUUGUUGAUCUCUGCUUGGACCGUAUCAGAAAGCUAGCUGAUAACUGUACCGGGCUUCAAGGGUUCCUUGUGUUCAACGCUGUUGGUGGUGGUACUGGAUCUGGUCUUGGAUCCCUUCUAUUGGAGCGUUUGUCUGUUGAUUAUGGAAAGAAAUCCAAGUUGGGUUUCACUGUUUACCCAUCUCCUCAAGUCUCUACAUCUGUUGUUGAGCCUUACAACAGUGUGCUUUCAACACACUCUCUUUUGGAACACACUGAUGUUGCUGUUCUUCUUGACAAUGAGGCUAUCUAUGAUAUCUGCAGGCGCUCUCUUGAUAUUGAACGUCCCACUUAUACCAACCUUAACAGGCUUGUCUCCCAGGUGAUCUCUUCCUUGACUGCAUCUUUGAGGUUUGAUGGUGCUUUGAAUGUGGAUGUGACUGAAUUCCAGACCAACUUGGUCCCCUACCCAAGAAUCCACUUCAUGCUUUCCUCCUAUGCACCAGUCAUCUCAGCUGAGAAAGCUUACCAUGAACAACUUUCAGUAGCUGAAAUCACCAACAGUGCUUUUGAGCCCUCAUCCAUGAUGGCCAAGUGUGAUCCUCGCCAUGGCAAGUAUAUGGCUUGCUGUUUGAUGUACCGUGGUGAUGUUGUGCCCAAGGAUGUCAAUGCUGCAGUUGCUACUAUCAAGACUAAGCGCACUAUUCAGUUUGUUGACUGGUGCCCAACUGGAUUCAAGUGCGGUAUCAAUUACCAGCCACCUACUGUUGUCCCUGGUGGUGACCUUGCUAAGGUGCAGAGGGCUGUUUGCAUGAUCUCUAACUCAACCAGCGUUGCUGAAGUGUUCUCCCGUAUUGACCACAAGUUUGAUCUUAUGUAUGCCAAGCGUGCUUUUGUUCACUGGUAUGUUGGUGAGGGUAUGGAGGAAGGAGAAUUCUCUGAGGCUCGUGAGGAUCUUGCUGCUCUUGAGAAGGAUUAUGAAGAAGUUGGUGCUGAAUCUGGUGAGGGUGACGAUGAUGAGGGUGAAGAUUAUUAGGCUGUGUUAGUUUCUAAUGUUCUCUAUGCCAUAUCAACCAUGUGUCUUUUUGUUUCGGCAGUGUCUUGCCUGUUGUCCCUGAUGAAUGGUAUUCUGUUAUUUUGAAGCUAUCUUGCUUCAUUAUAAUUCUAUGUUGAAUUUUUCUUUGAUAAUGAACGAAUAGCUAUUUUCUGUUCUGUAA